UUUUCAAUGGCUUCUACUCUCCAUCUCUUCCUCUUUUCCAUUGUUGUUGUCUUCUUCUCUACCUCAAAUGGAGCAAAUUAUAAACCACAUGCCUUUCAUCUUCCCAUCAGAAAAGACGAUGUCACACUCCAAUAUUAUACUUCAUUUGAAGUUGGACCCACUCAAUUUAUUGUGAAUGCAGUCAUUGACCUUGGGGCACCAUUUCUAUGGUUCAACUGUGGUGAUGGUUACAACUCCUCAUCUUACAACCCGGUUCCUUGUGGCUCAUCCAAAUGUAAAGCAGCUAAGGGCAUAGGAUGCCUUGGCUGCAAUGGGACACCUAGGCCAGGGUGCACCAACAACACUUGCUCUUUGUACUCAUAUAACCCAUUCAACAAUUCACUUCGAAGUGGGGGAUUAGGCGAGGAUAACAUUUAUGUUUAUGAAACUGAUGGGAGAAGUGUCUUAUUACAAAUAAAUGUGCCUAGAUUUCCUUUUGUUUGUGCAGAUUCAGGCAGCUUAGAUGGCCUUGCUAAAGGUGCUAAAGGUAUUCUAGGCCUCGGAAGGACUCAAAUUGCAUUACCAAUGCAGCUUGCAAAUGCAUUUGCACUUAAGCGUAAGUUUGCCCUUUGUGUACCUUCUUCAUCCCAGUCAGGAUUAGGGGACAUUUUUAUUGGUGGUGGACCUUAUUAUUUGCUUCCUUAUACCAAAAAUGCGUCAGAGUUGCUCAUCACCACCCCACUAAUCAUCAACUCCGUAAGCACCGCACCUAUUUAUUCAGAAGGUGACCCAUCUGAUGAAUAUUUCAUUGGUGUAAAGUCCAUCAAAAUAGAUGGACAAAUUGUCAAACUUGAGACCUCCUUGCUAUCCAUUGACAAAAAAGGAGUUGGUGGGACUAAAAUUAGUACCAUAAAUCCUUACACUAUUUUGCAUACUUCUAUCUAUAAGGCUGUCCUAAAAGAUUUUGUCAAGAAGGCUGCAUCAAGGAAGAUUACUAGAGUGGCAUCCGUGGCACCAUUUGGAGCAUGUUUCAGCUCAAAGACCAUUGCUAGCACCAUGACUGGACCAGCUGUGCCAAAUAUUGAUUUGGUCCUGCAAAGCAAGAGUGUGUAUUGGAGGAUUUAUGGUGCCAAUUCGAUGGUGAAAGUCAAGGAAAAUGUGCUAUGCUUAGGAGUUGUGGAUGGUGGAUCGAAGCCAAGAACUUCCAUUGUUAUUGGCGGACAUCAGUUGGAGGAUAAUAUGUUAGAGUUUGAUCUGGCUUCUUUAAAGCUAGGCUUUAGCUCUUCGCUUUUGCUUCACAAUACAAAUUGUUCUCACUACAGAAUUUUUUGAAGUGGUAGGUUUGGUUCAGAUGUGUAUUGUACUUGAUUUUAGCUUUGCUUCAUGAGCAAUUUUUUGUACCACUUUUCAUAUCCAAAAAUAAAUGUUUUUCUUCCUCUUUUUA